CUCUCCCCCACGUCUCCUCCCCCUUCUAUCUUUAUCUCUCUCUCCCUCUUCCUUUCUGUUGCACGUCUCCUCCCAUUUCAUCCUUAUCUCUGUCUCCCUCUUUGUUCCUCUUCUUUAUCUCCCCCUUCUCUCCGACUGGCUUCAAUUCGUCUCCUCUCAUUCCCUCCUUCUCUCUAUCUCCCUCUUUGUUUAUCUUCCUUCUCUCUCUGUGUUUGUUUUUGGUUGUUGGAUCGCCGCCAUUGAAGACCACCCACCCUUCGCACACGCACCCCUCCCGCUUCACUCGGCUCCCUUCAAACUCAUAUUUGCUGCAAUUCAAACCCAUUAUUCUUCAAUCCAACAGAGUUUGCUUUCAAAUCCUGGACUUGGGUUCAUUUCUGUUUAUCCCGCUUCGCUCGGCUCCCUUCAAACUGAUCUUUGCUGCAAUUCAAACCCAUUAUUCUUCAAUUCAACAGAGCACAUAAUGACUUCAGCAACAGGAAGAACAACUAGAGUAAUUGGUUUGUACCAUUCACAUCCUCACAUCACCGUUCUUCCUUCCCAUGUUGAUAUGCGGACGCAAGCCAUGUAUCAACUUCUAGAUUCUGGGUUCAUUGGACUGAUAUUUUCAUGUUUUAGUGAAGAUGUGCAUAAGGUUGGAAGAAUCCAAGUUAUUGCUUUCCAGUCCUUGGAUGGCAAGCAGAGUCAUAUGUUGAGAGCACUUCCUUUCGCACCUGUAAAGAGAAGUGCAAUUUUAGAUCUUGAGUCGUCAUUGAGUUCCUCAGAAAAUGCACUCACAAGGUCUGGCUCUACAAGGACAGAAAGUCUUGAACAAGAUACUGGCGAUUCGAGAGUAACUGCUGGGGCUUUUAAGAUCAAUUAUAGUCCCGCCCAAACAUUUCUCUGGAGCUUUCCACCAACCCACGUCUCCCCAUUCCCUUUUUAUCUCUCUCUCCCUUUCGAAAUCGGACCCUUGGCUGAAGAAUGUUUGAGUUCAUCUAUGGUGUGUGAAACAGCGAGCACAACAAUCCACCGAUUGGCGUAAUGCCGUUGACAGUUACGACGCCGUUUGCUGAUCGAAUAACCACCUUCUUGUGAGGAGAUAGUGUCUCCAAUCGUCCCGGCACAACGUGGCGAAGGAAAUCGAACCGAAAUCCAUUAGAUUCGGAGAACAAACUCGAAUCUGAUGGAGCGAAUACCGUUAUGGCGUCCAGAUUGAUCAGGUUGGAGCGUUUCACGGCCAUUGCGGUCGCGACCAUACUGAAUCCUCUCUUGCUCAUAGCCUUAACCGCAUAAUCAAGAGGCGAUUGAGAUUGAGAUGGAGAUGGAUCGAUUCCUCUAUAUUUUAUCAGAAGCGUUUGAUCAGAAAACAUGCACUUGGACACAGAGUUAGGGUCCAGUAUGCCGUCGAUGCCGUGGAUGGUAAGACGAUCAUUCACGUAGAGAUCAGCUGGCGGAGAUUGUUUUCUUGGAUCCGGAGAUGGCGAGAUCACCGUUGAAGCCCUUGGAGACGAAGAGGUAGCUAUUGGUUUUCCAGGCAAAAAUAAAGAAUUGAAGCUGAAGUUUUAGAAGACCCAAUUCAAUUCAAUCGAUUUAUUUUUCUUUCUACAAUCUUUGUUGGAGCUGAGUACGAGAGGAUUUGGCAAUAUCAGUGAGGCUCCUUGGACUCUUCAAUUGAUUAAUUUUUUUUGCUAGCAAGGUUGAAGGUUUUAUGCAGCAAAUUGGCAGAGUUUGAUUGAUUUAUUAAUAAAGUUUGGCUGCCUGAAAUGUAUGGUCAGGGUAAAGAUCACUCUGUUUAUUACGUUUUCACAUUAAGGUAAAGACUCUUGGCUCCAAAUUAGGUGGGUCUUUCCUAUUUGUGUUUUCUGCUUUUAACAAAAGAUGGUGUGUGUUUGUAUAUAUGUAAGGUUUUCUGCGUCACAUUACAUGCAUUUGGAUAUGAAUAAGGUUUCCAACAGUGACUUGUGUGUGUGUGUUUGUAUAUGUGUGUGAAACUGUAAUGCUGAAUCAGUA